AUGAACAAGGUGCAGUGGUACCUCAGCCUUGAUUUCAACCCGCUCCAGCUUUCCGAUGUACAGGUCGCCUUCGAUAGUUAUUCAAAGCCACUAAUCAGCAAAUUCAUACCUCAGUUAAAUGGUAUCUUGGUUCACUUGGAAAAACAGUCCUUAAAGCUUCGACCGGCUUCGGAUUUAGCAACAGAACGCGACAAGGAUUAUCAGUGCAUCGUUCGGAUUCAUCCCGAACAUCCAACUGCCAAGGUACACUUGGCUGUAAACGCCACAAUCUUUUGUCCAUGCAUUGGCCUUCAAGUCGAAGCCACUAUAACUGCCGUCAAGCCGCAGCGUCUUGCAUGCCGUUAUGGUGAUGGCUUUGCAGUAUUCAUUAGCGUACCUUUACAAGGCGUUGAAUCGGAACCCCUCCCAAUCGACCCUGAGACGGGAUGUCCUCUCCAAGUCUUCCCACAAGACCGCGUCCACGUCGAGGUUUCCAAAGUCAUUCGUUCCGCUAACGGGGAAUCACUUCAAAUAGUGGGACGUGUUAUCUCUCUGGUGAAACGUGGUAAAAUAGGCAGGAAGGCCCUAGAUCUACCUUACGAGGAUGUCAACGGAUGCGACAAGCAAGGGGUUGAUGAGAAUAGUAAUAAAUCAAGGAAAGGAAAAUCCAACUCAGAGCAACACUUUGGUGCAUUAGAAGGCCACACGAUGGAAACUUCCAGUCAAAAGGUAGGGAAACAUAAGUCUAAAAGGCUCGAACAUCCCUCUGAUACGGAGGAAAAAACUCAGGCGCAUGGUGGUGGUGAACACGCUCCCCAAGAAACACUGCUUCUUAAAAGAGAACCGGAAAGCGUCAUUGAGAAACACCGAAAAAAAAGGAAACGGCACCUCUCAGAUGAGUCGUCUGUUGUGCAGACUGAAGAAGAGGAGGUGCUAAAGGUUAACAAAAGGCGGAGAAAAAAUGCGGACGCUGCUCUUCUGGUAUCCGAUUCCCAACCGCUGCAGCCGGCAGAGACGGUCGUGAAGAGGGAGAAGUCCUACUUCACCGAAUUGAAUAAGAGUCCAGACAUCUUUUCUUCAUCCGGUGACGAGGCAAGCGAGCCGUCGCCGCCUUCAAAACCGAAACCAAUGAAGCAUGAAGCACGAUGA